AAGAAAAUCUCUCAAGUAUUCGAUAUAAAAUACCUAUUAUUUACCAUUUUAUAGCUGAUUAUUAAUUAAUAUGAAAGAGCAAUAAGCAAAAUGUUUGAAUAUUAAUUAUUAUAACCAAAUUUCAAUUGAAAAUCCAAUUGGAAUGAUGAUGUUAUUAAUAUUAUUAUAAUGACAUCAAAUUUGUGAAAACCGGAAAAAAAUUGAAAAUAACCAAUAUGUCUUGCAGUGACCAAAGUGAUUUUUGGGACUCACUGAAAACCAAUUUGUGGAGUCUGUUUCCAAGCUCGAGUAUAAUCACAAGUUUCAGCCAAAACAAAAAACGGAUAGCAACUUGCAGGCGGAAAUUUAGCUACGAGAGAACUAGAGUGGGGUGAAACAAACAAAGCCAAGGAGUAUGGGUAAACAAAACAACGAGGCUACAGCGAUUGUAAAACGCAAGGCUAGCUGCGAUGCUCUGCGGAGUCCCCAGAGAUGUGUAUCGAACAGACAGAUGAUUGAUAGAAAAAGCGCCAUUCAAAUAAAAAGAAAGUGUAUUACUAAAGCCUCCAGUGCUACAAACAAACAAGACCUUUCAGUGGAGACGGACAACUGCAUUUUGAGAAGACUGUACAAAAGACGAAGAUUACUCAGAGACAAAAUUGAAUGUAGUAAAGUAAGUGAUGCAGGGAACGGUUCUGUGUGCAUUAGUCCAGAAGAUGACAGUGCGUGUGGCGAUCAACACAAUAAAAGUUUACUGAGCAACAUGUUUGCGCCAAGCAAUUUAGAAACUUUAGCUGUUUACAAUCUACAAAAGCUGCUGAACGACUACAUGGAAAGACAUUUGCAGGAAAACGAAGAAAUUAAGGAAAGGAUUGAAGAUACAUUCAACACAAUAAUGCAGAAGAUAAAGUCUAACAGCACAUCUUCUAAUGCUUAUUCGUCUCAUUGUGAUUCAGAGGCUGUUCCGUUUAUCUGUAGGCACUGCAAUAAAACUGCUCUAUCGGAAGCUAAAACUGGAGUUGCUAAGGGGACUUCACGAAUCACAAUACCGUUUCGAUGCAAAAACGUCAGAAUACUCUCAACGUUAACGGUGCCGCGAGCGUAUUGUAAAAAAAAAUCUACACACAUAACUAGAAAAGGGAUUUACACACCUUUUCAUAAGUGCUCUUUUAGCGAAAUGCAGUCACUGAAUGAAACUACUACAUCUAACCUUUCCACAAGUUAUGGUUUACCACCGAUAUCUCAUAGUUCUUUUACUGAAGAUACGAUUGAUGAAACAGUCACUUCCCAAACCUUCGCUUCAGCUACUCCAAAGCGACCAGUUCAAGCCGUAUCAUCUCAACACAUAUUUCAUUCUUCGCCUGGCUGUAUGACAGUGUUGAGGGCACAUAUACCUAGCAAUUCUAUGAGAACACCUAAUAGUCGUUACAAUCCUUCAUCUUUGGAAUCACUGAGUUCGAAUGCGUUUACGAAGAAUACACUGUGUAGUGUAAAUUCUGCCCUUAAUAUUGAAAAGAGCUAUGUAAAUACAGUAAAUACUAGUACAAGCAGUAGCUCUAGUGCAAGUUCUGUGGAUGUACCUAUGCGCUCUCACACCUCUCCUAAUCAGAAAGUAUCAUCCAAAGAUUCUUUAGGGUGUAUUUGCAAUAGAUCAACUAAAGUAAUAACUAGACAAUUUUCGCUUCUGACUCUAAAGUCGAAAGACGACGCUAUGAUUAAAAAAAUAUACGGUAAUGGCAGUGCAACAAACGAGCUGUUAAUGAAUUUCUCUCGAAUAUCAAGUUCUCUACAUGGAAAUUUUAAUAAGAACGUUAGCAUAUCAGUCAAACAUAGUGCAAGUGCCUUAUCGCAAAUGAAUAUAAAAAAUCUGGAAAUCAAUAAUACAUCCAAGGUUCACACCUUGUUCCAACCAAAAAAAUCUGUUGAUAAUCAAAUUUCAUUCCGGGAUGCUCUUAGUUUUGACAUAGUCACUCUAGCAAGCAAUAAUGCUAAUAAAGGCGCAACAAAAACGUCUGCUCAAUGCAGUGAGAGAAUAACUUUUAAAAAAUCUUGGGCUACUUCUCCCAGAGUAUUGUGCUCAAAUAAUGCUCCUUAUUCAAUAGUACCAACAGCUAAACAUACAAGUUUAUCUCUGAAUGACAGAAAUAUGAGAACAAUACCAAAUGCAAUAAUCAAUGAAAACUCAAGACCUAUAAAACAACCAGCACAAUUAGAUAAUUACAUAAAUAAGUAUAAACCAAUUUCUGUUUCAUCAAGACUACAAUUCUGUAAAAUAAUAAAACAGACUAGGGAAGUAGGAGUCAAUGCCAUAAAACAACCUUUGAAAGUAGCUCAGAUUCAAACUGAUGAUAUUGCUUCUACGGGUGUAUUGUCAUUUGAACAACUGGUUGAGCCAAAAUUGAAAGUGAAUAUUGAAACUAGUAUAACUUCAGAUAUACAACUCUUUCAAAAUUUUAAUAACACUGAUAACUUAAACAAUAUUAAGUUGCCAAAAUCAAUAAAUGUUAAUCAUUGUCAAACUGCCUUAAUAGAGGAAAGAAAUAUUUUAAAUAAGCCAAAAAAAUACAGGCGCAAGAAAAGGAAAACAGUAACAAACAGGUGUAAAAAACUGAAGUCUGUCCAUUUUGAUGAUACGAAACCCUUUUUUAAGUCUCUGACUUCGCAAAAUCAAAAAUCCUAUCCGGAGGACAGUACAGAAAUUAGUACGUUAUGUGAAAAAAUAUUUGAUUAUUUUUCUUUAAAAAAAAGACCUAUAAAGAAACAUAUGAAUUUCGAGGUUUUUGUUAAUUUGAAACCUAAUAUUGACGAUGCAUCAAAACCAUCUACAAAAGACGCUUUUAACGCUGACUCAACGGAUGUUGAUGUUACAGAAAAAAGUAAAAAGAAAACUCCCGUAGAGGAUCAUAAUAACUCAGUUCAACCAAAUAUCAUAAAUCUUCUAGAUGGAUCGGUUCAACAAAAACAGUACUUAUCCGUAGCAUCUGUUUCUACACAAAGUGAUAACGGAGACCACAGUUCACAAUCUAUCGAAACAGACACUACCACUAAUGAAAAUUCUACUAUGACGAAUUAUGAUAGACAGGGUAUUUUUCGACGAAAACCUUGUAUUGAAGUAAUAAGUCAAUAUACAAAUACCUAUGAUUUAGAAAUAGCAAAAGAGAUAAAUGAACUGCGAUCUGUGUUAAAGAUCCUGGCUUCUGCGGCAGAUAAAUUUUUGUCUGAUAAUAACAGUAAGAAAACGUUGAAUAGUAAUGAGCCGUUAAAAAUUGAACCUGUAAAUAUUGAAGAUCCUAUGCCACCAGUACCUACCAAGCCACCUGAGCUUCCAACAGUACAAUCGCCACAAUUGCUCCCAGUAAAUGAACCACUGUCAGUCCCAAUUAUAUCUCCUUCACCAGUAAACGACAACAACGACAACGACAAACAACCUGUACUGGAAAUCGCAUCAUAUGUCCAUCUUGAAGAUACUGUUCCAAUUACGCCUUUGCCAGAAGCAUCAUCCUUACAUCCAAUCAAAAACCCUUCAUCAGUGGAAGCAAAACCACAACUCGUUAACAUUUCCAACAAUACAAAAGCAACCCAAAUCAAACAGGCUGGUGAUUUUAAUCUAGCUAACUACUUGCCAGCCAAACCAAGAAAAAAUUUAAAGAGAUGUACAUCUUAUGAUAUAUUUGCCAGUGAAGAAAUACUCAAAGCAACUGAUAUGACUUCCGCAAAUGAAAUAUUUGAUUUUGAUAGGGGUCAAACUAGCGAAGCAACAUACUGCUGUUUGCCAAAGUCCCGAUCUUUGUUUGAACUUUCAACGUCAACUACCAGCAGAGCUAAGCUGUUAAACUUAUUUUGGGAUAAAUAUUUCGAGAAAAAUAAUAUGAAAGACCCAUUCAAGCAAAAAUUAAGUUCUACGAACAUCACAAAAAGUAAAGUAAAAUAUGUGGAUAAACAUGAUUAUACUAAAUCAAGUAAAAUACAUUCAGUGAAAACAAUUGAGGAGAGUUAUUGCAAAGAUCAAGAUAGUGAUGAUGAAAAUGAAGAAAUAUCUAUAUCUGUUUUACAAAUAUCACCAACUGUAAAGGAGCCAUUACCAAAAAAAUCUUUAAAACCAAUUAAAAUUAUCGACAGUAGUAUGCUUCGUACCGUCUACAAAACAGAUAAAACAAUUGAAAAACCUAAUGCAGACGCAGAAUCCAUGACACUAUUUAAGAACCAAACCAACUAUGACGACAAUCCAAGUUUUGAUUCAAAGAAAGAUGACUCUUGGGAGGACUCUCAAGUUGAGAUAGGCGCGUCUAGCUAUUUCGGAAAGACACCUACCAGCGUUUGCUUUAGUUGCGUUUCGCAUUCGAGGUAUGCUGCAGAUAAAUUUGAACAAAAGCAGUCUAAGCUACAUCCAUCACCAAAAUUUAACACCAGUAGUGUAGAGUAUUCUUCAGUGACGUUUUCCAAUCCAGCUGAUGGUGGUGAUGCGCCGCGUAAACAUCUUGAAGACCCUAAAAUUUCAGAAACUAACGUGAUUGGAGGAGCAUCGUCAUCCUUCAUUGUAGAAAUAUCCAGUUCCGAAAAAGGCUCUGAUCAGAAUGUUUUGUCAGACGAGACACUAACUGAAAAAAGCAACAAAAGAUGGUACUAUUACUCAGUGUUUCUCGUUGUGGCUUUUGUUAUAAUUUUAGCUGUAGUUUACAUUUAUGUAGGCGGAAAAAAGAUAAAACUUUGGAAACGUACAAAUUCACGGAUGAACAAGAAACCAAGAUAUAGAAAGUUGUCAGAAUACGGUUUUUGAUGUCUCUUUUGUUGUUUAGUGUGUGCAAUAAAUGCGAUUUUGUUCA